AUGCGUCAAUCAACAACGACAAAUUCAACUAAGUAUCGAGAAAUAGAUGAUUCAGAAUUAGAACGAAGAACUCCACGAAAUUUUAAUAAUGAAAUUGAUAAAUUAGAUCAAAAGAAUCGUCGUCUUAACGAUAAUCUUGAUAGAUUCUGCAGUGAAAAGAAAGACUUACAAGCUGAGGAAAAACAAUGUGUUAAACGUAUGAAAAGUACACUUAAAUUAGUUGAAAAUGAUCAAAAACAAUUGGAAAAUUUUCAUCGAGAAUUAACUGAAACAGAUGAAAAACAAAAUCAAAUGAAUACAGAACUUGAAAAACAAGAAGUAGAUCUUGAUGAACAUAAAAGAAAAUUAUAUGAUGAAUUAGAUAGAUUAUAUCAAUAUGAAGAAGAACGAAAUAGAUGUGAUAAUCAAAAAUUUAAUUUAGAACAAGAAAAACAAUCUAUUGAAUUUGAAAAACAAGACAUUGAACAGCAAAUGCAACAAAUUCAAGAACGUACUCAACAAUUGGAAAAAACUAUGCAAGAAAAAAUACAAUUAUUGGUAACUGGCGCAGCAGAUAUGGAACGUAUUCAACAUGAGUUAGACGUUAUUCUUCAAGAUAUUAUAUUUAAGCAAGAAGAAUUAAAUAUUUUAGCAGAAAAACUUGAAAUAUUAAAAGAAAAAUUAUUACAAAUCGAACGAGAAUUAAAUCGAUUAGAUGCUGAAUUAACUCGAAUUAAAAAUUUGACCGAACGUAUUGAACAAAUAAUUAAAAUCAAACAAGAACAAACGGAUGAAUUAAAACAAAUGAGUACUAAUCUACAAGAUCAACUAAAGAAAACUCAAGAAAAACAAAUUGAGAUUGCUCGAGAUAUCAAACAAUUAGUAGAACAGAUCGAAGAAAGAAAAAAAUCCUUGGAACCAUUAAGAACUCAAUUAAAAGAGAUAUUGAAAAAAUUAUCGAAAGAAGAAAAAGAAUUACGAAUAGCAAAAGAAGCUGCUGAACAAUCAAAACAAAAAUUAUCUCAAAAAGAACAAGAAUGUGAACAAUUAACAACUAAAGAAGAAGAAAUUAAUCAACAACUCCAAAAUCGAGAUCAAGAAUAUAAAAAUAUUGAACGAACAAUUCAAGAAAAGACUAAACAAAUAAAAGAAUUAGAAACACAAUUCAAAGCAAUGGAAGAACAAUUAAAUCGUAUUGAAACUGAUUUAAGAACAUCCAGUCAAGAUUUAGAAAGUGAAAGACAACUUUUUCAACAAUUUUCAUCCGAAUUAAAAAUAUCUCAACAUAAUGAACAUCGAGCUGCUGCUGAAUUACGUAAUCAAGAACAAAAAAUUGUUCGGGAAGAACAGUUUCUACAACGUUGUCGAGAAAAAGAACAAGAAGCUAGUCGACUUCGUCAAGAAACCGAAUAUGAAGUAGAAAGGAUGAAAGUAGCAGUAGAAAUCGCUCAAGCAGCUUUAGAAAUGGCUGAUUUAGCUUUAACUUUAAUAAUUGCAGCUAUGGUUGUUAAUCCUCUAAUUGGUGCUGUAUGUCUACUAAUCAAACAAAAAGCUGUAUCAAUAGCUCAACGUGCAUUAGGACAAACACAAAAGAACUUGGCAGACAAGGAAGCACUUCUGGUAAAACGAUCGAACGAACAUGAAACUGCUCAACAAGAUCGGAAGAAGUCUGAAGAAACAUUAAGUGUUCAUAGAACCAAUCUUGAAACAAGAAAAAAUGAUUUAAUCAAUCGAAAACAAGAUGUAGUAACAGCAAAAGAUAAACUGAAUCAACAAAAAUUCGUCUUUGAAAAUGCUACUAAAAAAUCAAAAGAUCUUCGUGAUCAACGUGAAAACAUUCAACAAGAUAAAAAUGGAAAAAACAAAAUUAUUCGUCAGAAUAAAACUGAACUUCAUAGCCAACAAAAUAAAAUCAAUACAUUAAAGAUAAAUAUCGAUCGAUUAACAAAAAAUCAAACUAAGUGUCGUGAAAAUCAUCAGCGAGUUACUAAUGAAAAAACAGUAUAUCAGAAUGAAUAUCAAGUCAAAUUAACUGAAAUGCAAUAUAAAGUUAAUCAAUUACAAACUAUUAAAGAUGAGAAAACUGGUUUGGAACAAAGUAUUGAAAAAAAUCGAAAAGAAAUUGAUGAUACUGAAAAAACAUUAACUGUUAAACAACGAGAAGAACAUCCAAUAGCGAAUCAAAUAAAAAAUAUUAAAGCAGAAUUAUUGAUGAUAGAUAAAUCAGUUGUUGAACUUCAAUCAGAUCUUCGUGAAGAGAAACAUCGACAUGGAAAAAUAAAUAAAGAAAAACUAAAAUUACACCAAGGAUAUGAACAAACUAAACAAAAAUUAAAUGAUUUAAAUAAAGAUAUUGAAACACAAGAAAAUCUUCGAAAAACAUUAGAUCAAAAUUUACAAACAAAACAUCAACAAUUAAUCAAUCAACAAAAAUAUCAAAAUCAAUAUCAAUAUGAAUUAGAUCAACAUCAAAAUAAAAUCGAAUUAGAAAGUCUACAAAAACAACAAUAUGAAACCAAUCAAACUAUUUUAAAUAGUUCUAUCGAAAAAAAUAAUGAAAAGAUGGAACAUGUAAAACUUAAAAUCAAACCAAUCUUGCAAAAUAUUAAAGAACAUGAACAAUCCAAAAAUAAAACAGAAAAUCAACUGAAAAUAUUAAAAACUAACUACAAUAUUGCUGAACAAAGUCUACAAGAAUUAGUAACGAAUAGUAAUAAUCUUCAAAAACAAUAUGAUGAAGUAAAUACUCGACAAAAUAAUAAUCUUAAUGAAUUACAUGCAGGUCAAGAUGUACAAGAUGAUCUUGAAAUUCGAAUAACUAAUAAUCAAAAAGAGAUCAAUCAUUGCGAAGUAGAAAUUUAUCGAGCUACUGAGAAGAAAAAACUCAAACAAGAUGAAAUAGCAAAUCAUAAAGAAAAACAAUCAGGUUAUAAAAAUAUGAAAGAAUAUGAUCAAACAACAACUAAUGUUCAAACAGCGACAAAUAUUCAGCGAAGAAAAGAAGAACAACAACUAAAUUAUAAUUAA